AUGCUCUCCUUGGGCGUGGCCUGGGGCUCAGCGGACGAGACACGUCUGGUGAAGACUCUUUUCACUGGUUAUAAUAAGGUGGUGCGACCUGUCAAUCAUUUCAAGGACCCGGUGGUGGUGACUGUGGGCCUACAGCUCAUCCAGCUAAUUAGUGUGGAUGAAGUUAACCAGAUUGUCACAAGCAACGUACGUCUCAAACAGCAAUGGAAGGAUGUCAACCUGCAGUGGAACCCUGAGGAUUAUGGAGGAAUCAAAAAGAUAAGGGUGCCUUCAACAGACAUCUGGAGACCUGAUUUUGUUCUUUAUAACAACGCUGACGGAGACUUUGCCAUCGUCCACGAGACCAAAGUUCUGCUGGAACACACGGGCAUGAUCACUUGGAACCCGCCAGCCAUCUUUAAGAGCUACUGUGAGAUCAUUGUUCUGCACUUCCCCUUUGACCUGCAGAACUGCAGCAUGAAACUGGGCACCUGGACCUUCGACGGCAACCUGGUGGUCAUUAACCCGGACAGUGAUCGCCCAGACCUGAGUAAUUUCAUGGAGAGUGGGGAGUGGGUGAUGAAAGACUACAGGAACUGGAAACACUGGGUUUAUUAUGCCUGCUGUCCUGACACACCAUACCUGGACAUCACCUACCAUUUCCUCAUGCUCCGACUGCCUCUCUACUUCAUCGUCAACGUCAUCAUUCCCUGCAUGCUCUUCUCCUUCCUCACCGGACUGGUCUUUUACCUGCCCACUGACUCAGGUGAGAAGAUGACCCUGAGUAUCUCUGUCUUGCUGUCUCUGACUGUGUUUCUUCUGGUCAUUGUGGAGCUGAUUCCCUCCACCUCCAGUGCAGUUCCCCUCAUCGGCAAAUACAUGCUCUUCACCAUGGUCUUCGUCAUCGCCUCCAUCAUCAUCACCGUCAUCGUCAUCAACACACACCACCGCUCCCCUAGCACACACACUAUGCCCCCCUGGGUGCGCAAGAUCUUCAUUGACACCAUCCCCAACCUCAUGUUCUUCUCCACCAUGAAGCGGCCGUCCAUCGAGAAACAGGCCAAAGGCCUACUGAGCAUGGACAUGGACAUCUCCGACAUCUCCGGGAACCCCAAACCCUCAUCUGUCACCUACCAAUCAGACAUCAUCAAGAACCCGGACGUCCGCUGCGCCAUCGAGGGGGUCAAAUACAUCGCCGAAACCAUGAAGUCUGACGAGGAGUCGAACAAUGCCUGUGAGGAGUGGAAGUUUGUUGCCAUGGUGCUGGACCACAUCCUGCUGUGUGUCUUCAUGGGAGUGUGUAUUAUUGGUACAGUGGGUGUGUUUGCAGGACGCCUCAUUGAACUCCGCCUACAGAACUAG